AUCCCAUUUUGCUCGGCAAAACAGGCCCGCAUUGCACAGAGCUCGCUCCAGCCCGACCCGACGCUCAAGCCCAGCGAGCUGCAGGCUGUUUACACCGUCGACGACAACGUCCUCACCAUCACGUUCGACGGAGUUUCCGAGAGAGCGAUUAGGGUCGCGGCGAACAACACCAUCGAGAACCUGAAAACGGUGAUUGAGUGUUUGGAAGAGUUUGAAAUUAAGUCUUGUUAA